AUGAAGCUCACCCAUCUCCUCGCCCUCCCAGCCUCACUCCUUGCCUUACUGACCCCCACCCUCGCUGGACCGGAAUACAAUGAACACCUCCACCUGCUCCCCCUCUCCAACGACUACCUCUACGCCGGCUUCAACUUCACCUCCACUACUUCCCUCUCCGCCUAUGAAUCCCACCACUACCGCUACUUCCCCCGAUCACUCGGCCAGAUCCUGCAAUAUACUCACACAUCAGAACUUCACCUUCGAUUCGCACUGGGACGCUGGGACGACGAGAGCUGGGGUGCGAGGCCACGGGAUGGAGGGAGGGAAGGAGGGACAGGGGUGGAGUUGUGGGCGUGGAUUGAUAGGGAUGGAGGGGGAGAGAAGGUGGAGGAGCGGUGGGGUGAUCUGGUCAAUAGUUUGAGUGGUUUGUUCUGUGCUAGUCUCAAUUUCAUUGAUGGGACGAAGACUGUGAGGCCAGUCUUGAGCUUCGAGUCGGAGGGUUCUUCACGAGGCAGCGAUGGUGUUGGACAGCAGCUUCUGCAUGGGACACUGCCGAAUGAAGUGGUAUGCACGGAGAACUUAACACCCUUCUUAAAACUACUCCCAUGCAAAGGCAAAGCAGGCAUCAGCAGUCUCCUGGACGGCCACAAAGUCUUCGAUGCAAACUGGCAGACCAUGAGCAUCGACGUCCGACCCAUUUGUCCAUCAUCUGCAACGAAUACCGACGACGAAUGUAUGCUAGAAAUCCAACAGACCGUCGACGUCGUCCUCGACAUCGAGCGGAGCAUGCGGCCACGUGACGACCCUAUACCCCGACCCCGACCAAUCGAGGAGAUCGAAUGCGACGAGACUAAGCACUACAACGGACCUGAUUCGUGCUAUCCGAAACGGAAGGAAGGUGCCAUGGGCUGGAGUCUAAGCAAGAUCUUCGGGACGCCGGUUUUGGGGUCCUGCCAUCUUGCCGAGGACGACGCACACGAAAAUGUAGACAUCACGCUCGAAGUCCCAUCGACCAGAGUCGUCGAGACGUCUGCUCUGCAGCUCUCUUCUCCGGUGGUAGACGCACAGAACACCGAUAUCCGCCACUUCAAACUACAAGAAGGAAUCCACCGCACCGACCUCACACUCCCUUAUCAGCCGAACGUAGCCUCUACUCUUCGAUCCCAACCCCCACUCUACGCAACCCGCCAGAUCACCGGCCACGGCCAAGAACGCGGCGGCAUGCACACCCUCCUGCACAACCCGCACCCCUACCCCCAAACAAUAAUCUACCUAGAAACCCUUCCCUGGUUCCUCCGACCCUACAUGCACACGCUUAAAAUCUCACACAAGAGUAGUAGCAAGACCGUGGAACUGGAGAAAAUGUUCUACACCCCGGCCAUCGAUCGGAAGAGAGCUACAAAGCUGGAAGUCCAGUUCACCGUCCCCGCCUCGACAACACUGGAACUGACGUAUGAUUUCGAGAAAGCGGUGCUGAGGUAUACAGAGUACCCUCCCGAUGCGAACAGGGGGUUUGAUAUCGCGGCCGCUGUUAUACGCGUCUUACCACAAUCUCAAACCGCAGCUCAAUCUCAAGCCCAAUCAGGAGCCGCAGGGAGUGGGUGUAAGGGUAGGGGCUCAUACCUCCGCACCACCUCCCUCCUCCUCCCCCUCCCGACGCCCGAUUUCAGUAUGCCGUAUAAUGUCAUCAUCCUCACGUCGACGGUGAUCGCGUUGGGGUUCGGGUCGAUUUUUAAUUUGGUUGUUAGGCGGUUUGUGUUGGUAGGGGAGGUGCCGAGGGGACCGUUGCAUGCUGUUGUUGCACGAGUGCGGGAAUUGGUUGGGAAGGUUAGAGGUGGGAAGAUGGGUAAGGCAGGGGAUGUCGGUGGUGAUUUGGGUGGUGCGGAUGAGGAUUCUGGCUCUGGGGGCAAGGAUACGGGUGUAAGCACUGGCAAGAGUGGGGGAAUUAGUGAUCCGGUCAUGGGGAGUGGGAGUGAUAAGGUGGAUUAG